AUGUCCCUAGUACAGUAUUCGGAUUCGGAAUCCGACUCGGAAUCUAGAUCAUCUUUCCGCCAAGUCAAGAAACCUUGCCACAAACUCAAUCCGGGAUCAUCGCUGCCGCCCCUACCUGCAUCAUUCCACAACCUCUAUGCCUCGACCACACGUGUGAGCGUGCAAGACAAUCCCAAUCUUCAUGGCGGUCGGACGCGCGUAAUUCCCCACGUGGAAGGAAACUGGCCAACACAUCUGUACCUCGAGUGGUACCCGGGGAAAGACGAGCUAUCGCUGCUUACAGAUGUCAUCUCCGAAUCUGGGAAUUGGGUUGACGAAAAAGCGCCAAUAGUGCACAGUCUUCUACAUAGCGAUCUUGGUGCCCAGCUACCACUCCAUAUCAGCCUGUCUAGGCCGGUAGUUCUUCGCACCGAGCAGCGUGCCUUGUUCACUGAGGCGCUACAAAAGGCCAUCUAUGACUCACAUGUCACAUCGUAUGUGCUAAACUUGCAGAUCUCUUGGUCAUCGUCUAAUGCUCGAAUUAGAUUUGCUGUUCAGCCAGAAACUUUGUAUUGGUCAUCGAACUAUGAAAAGACACGUUGGUUUCUUGUCUUGGGCGUGCAGAGACCGAGUCACGAUGGUCUCAACCGCCUCUUAAGGCUGUCAAAUGAUACUCUUGCUCGCUUUGGCCAGCCACCCCUUUAUGCAACCUCCUCAACACGUAGGGAGCAGACCAGUGCAUCCCUCCACAAGGGUAGCAGUAGUAUGAGCGGCGAAGAUUUCUCGGGGUGCUUUCAUAUCUCACUUGCUUGGAGUCUGUCAGAGCCCAGCGUAAAGGAACGCGAACGGGUUGCCAGGGUAGACUUGCGAGCCUUGCGGGAAAUAGAGGUUGAGUUUGAUAAUGUCAAAGCAAAGAUUGGAAAUAUGGUCGGUAGCAUACCACUAGGGAAAAGCUCAUAA